AUGUCUGUACUUUUGGACAUAGUUUCGGCAGCGAUGCCUAGAUCAAAUUCAAUACCUCUACUUGGCCAUUAUAUUAUUUUUACAAUUGUUUUGUGCGCGGUAGGUGUUGGAGUUAGCAUGUUACUGUUGGCUAUGUCGAGGCAUUUUAUUCAAAGUGGGGAAUUGCCGUCAGAAAAGCUUUAUAGGUGA